AUGGAUGACGCACACAGUGUGUGGUAAUGCUGGUCAGCUGCUGUCUGUGGAGAGCAGCAUCCACCAGCAGCAGCAGCAGCAGCAGCAGCUCGGGCUGAUGAUGGAGACGGAGCCACGGAUGGAGCUGCAGUAGUAGAGAUCCGGGGAGGAUGCAGCGGCUGUUGUGAGACAAACCGAGCCGUGUUUAGCCCGUGUCAGCUGCACCUGCCCUGGAUGAUUGUCCCGAUGGGUUGUGGAGGGAGUCGGGCGGAUGCGAUCAUCGAGCCGAGGUACCAUGAGAGCUGGACCAGAGAGACGGAAUCGACGUGGCUUACCAACACGGACGUGGAGACCUCUCUGCCAGUAGCAAACAGUAAAGCUCUGGAGGCCAGCCUGAGGGAGAAGAGAAUGGUGAACACAGGCACCCAGUGUGGGAAGCAGGCCCUCACAUCCACUGGCUCCAACCACCAGAGGAGACCCAGACGCUCCUUGACUGAACAAACCACUCGUGAGUCCAAAAGGAGGGCAUCAAAAGAGGCCAACGCUUUGUCUAAGGAUGGGCAGCCUGUCAAUAACAACAGUAGUGGAGACGCCGAACCUGGGAAUGUGUGUGAUGAAAGAUGAAGAAAAGCCAUGACUCUGCAGAGAGGGAGAUGGCCGGAACUGUGAGAAGUUCACCAAAAGAUGGGACAGUGAUAUACAGAAGUGUGGGGAUGAUGUUUGCGAGACCUUGGCUGUCGAUCUCAGUGGUUUACAACAUAAGCACUUGCAUAAUGUUUCCAUCCAAAGAUCUUGGGAUGCUGCAUCUUUGUUGUGCCAUUGCAAAUGCAUGCGUGAAGUGAAGCAGAGGGUGGAUCACAAAUAGUGCUCCCACUCUCCACCACGCUUUUCUCCCAUGCUUAAGUUGCCGGUCAGGGAAUGAGUCACUGUGUUAAGCCAACUUUGAAGAAAACAAGAACAGGCUGUCCAGUAUGCACAUGAUAAUCACAAUCUGCACAUCAAAUGUUUUCUGUGUGAGGCCUUCCUUAAGAAUUUGCUUCAGUUCUUUGUGCAAGUAUAUUCUUUUUUUCUUUGUGAAUGAAAAACAAUGACAAUGCUGUUUAACCUCAAACAUGCUGUAAAUUAUUUUCAUUUAAAAGACCCUGAAGUGCUGUUUAGAAACUGAGGUUUGGAGGUUUGACGCUUGAGGGCUGAAGACUGUCUUCUCCAGCCUUUGCAAGAUAAAAAAACAAACACACCCGCAUGUGCCUACAAUUAAUCUGAACUGCUCCUGUUUUCACUUUGAGAGUUUGUUCUGUUCAGCAUUAUGUGUUCUCUUGCAUCUUCUUUUAUGUUAUAUGAAGUUAUACCUUAUUAUUUACCACAAUAUAUUUUAACGAUGGGUCAUUUGUGUGGCUUACACUGAUCUGCAUGUUUAAUCAAUCUCAAAUUGAUUCAGCGCUGAUGGCUAAAUGUCUCUGCCUAAACAUUAUCAAAAGCAAGCUGUCAGAAAUAAAACUUUUUGCUUAUUUGGUACACGUGACAAUGGAAAACUGCACUGAGAAGUGCAUUCAAGAUGGUUCAUGAGCAGAGUGACAGUUAUGGCCAGCAGAUGGUGUUGUUGAUCAGCUGGAGUCUUUAAGAAAACCUGUCUGAACUGACAUUUUAUGCUUAUGAUAACUGUUACUUGUCAAGAGUUCACUGAGAUGAUAAUGCUGAGAUGUUUACAGACCAACUUUUGUGACUGGAAACAACAUUUUGACACACAGGAUCUGCAUCACUUUUCUUCUUUGAAUUAAAAUUGUCAGCUUCUUAAGUUGUGAAACCCAGAAAAAUGUGAUAUGUGCAGUCAUUUCUCGUUAGCUCCAGGCAAAGACAAAAGCAGAAUUAAUUGACCUAAAUCAAUAAGCCAAUAUAUAUGUUGCUUAAUGUUAUUUACCAAGUGCUGAGCACAGCUUGAUAUUAAAAACAAGCAAUGGUGAAAGAC